CCACGUGACUGCCGGAAAAACUCGUUCUGCAAACAUGGACCUUUACUGAAGCAUUGAUCUGUGGUGGCUUAUCUGAAUACAAGGUUCGCGCUUUUCAUAUACGCGCCGAGGAAAGAGGGUAUAUCCGGGCUGAUACGGCGUUCCUGUGGCAUCUUUAUCCACUAGGAGAGCGGCUAUGUUUAUUACUGUAAGAUUUGGAGACCGACAGGAGGCGAUUUUCAACCCCAACUGCAAGACGAGGCUCUUGCUAGACAGCAUCAAGAGAAGAUGUAAUUGUCAUCAGGACAUUGAUGUGGACUUGUCCGACGAACUGGGCAACGUCAAAAACCUACAACAGGGACUGCACAAAUAUGCAAAUGAGCUUCUGGAGGAGAGAGAGAAGCUAGUUUUGCUGAAGGUUGACAAAAUAGAAGGAGCGGAACAGCCAAACUACACUCCUCUUCUCAACGACAGGGAGGCAAUAGACUCGAGAUUCUUAGCUCGGCUGUCCAGCAGAGGAGACUCGUCCAGACCGGAAACGGGUCGAGCCCACCGGAAGUCGGGUGGGCGGAAACGGUCGGAAGCUUCCAAGUCCAGACUUCGCGCCACCACACCCACCGGCCGCAACAGCAAGUCAAGACAGGGGAGCAAGCAUUAGUGGGAGGGGGUUGUACCAGAGAGGAAUUCUUUUGGGGGAGAUUCAUUACUUAGUUUCGGGGAGGUUUUGAUAAAAAUGUGUCCAUUCAAGUGUAUAGUAAAAUGACAUCGCCUCUGUGGCGUCGCCAAAAAAUCAAAUUGUUUCAUUGUAUAUACUCAUAGGACAGUGCUGUUAAAAUACUAUUUUACAGGAAAACUAAGAAAACGUAGUCCAGAAAAGAUCAUACAUGUACAUAUGACCAUAUAAAAGUAAAGAUUUUUUCGAAAGUUCUGUCACUACCAUUACUUUGUUUGGUAAAACAUCUGUUUGUUGAAUAUAAUUGUCAUAGUAUUGUAUACUGUUAUAGUACCCAAUAUUAUUUCUGCAAAAUAACAUCAAAUAUAUUGUUACUAUCAUUAUAUAUUGACUAGUGGUACACAAGAACCAGUCGGCAAGUGGUUUUCUACAAAUUUUAUUACUUCUACACUUAGCCUUACCUGCUGCCCUGUGCUCAAUGCAUCCAUAGGAAGCUUUCAGUACAUCCUGUCUUCAGAAAUGGGGUAAAAGCCAACUAUGGUACCGUACUAUCACCUGUGCGCAUCAUAUAUAUAUAUAUUUAGAUAUAUUCAUAUAUAAUGCCUUCCAAAAACACCCAAGAAUAUUGUCGUUUUGACUUAUUAUAACUAUUGAUGUUACUAUGGACAGUUGUUUCUUGUAUUACAAUCCCUUGUGUCUUAAGUAUAUAUUGAGAACAAAUUAUUCUUGACAAUGUUUACAAAGUUGUAUACAGAGUUUAUAUACAAGCUCAUGAACUGUUUCUUGACUUCACAAUACGAUAGCAUGCAAGAUACCCUUAAAAAUUUCAGUCUUCAAUACUUAGGUUGAUGUACAAAGCGAUGCUAAACAAUUAUGCAGAUUUAAUGUGUGGUCCCACAAAUAUAUGCAAUGACGGAGCAAUUAAACUAUCAGUUUCAGCAAAAUCAAGGCAUCAUACAAGGAUUUUUUGUACUGUUCUUACCUAAACAGGACUGCAAAAAUUGCUUAACUCUAACAUAUGUACGCAAAUAACAUUUCUACAACUGUACUAUAUGUACUGACCAACUAUACACCUCCGAUCACCAACAGGAAAAACCUUUUGACUGUUGGAAAAAUGACACUGACUUUUCAGAAACAUUUCUUCUUCCGUGUCAAUUGCUUAGCCGUUAGCCCACAUCUAAAGUCUGACACAAAAAGAUUCAAAUAUUUACAAACAUUCAUCCAUGACACAUGUAUCAAAGCAUAGAUUCCUCAAAACAUGAACAAAAUGCUAUAAGUAUAAUACACUUUGUAUGGUGGGAUAGUAAUAGAUUUGGGAUACUUUUUGUUAAAGUAAUAUGAAAAUCAUUUGAGCCUUUCUCUGAAAAAGGGGUUUCUUGCUGCAUGGGCAAGAGUAUAUGGGAAAAAA